AUGCCGGAAGAGGAAGACGUAGGCAAGCAGUCAGGCGACUUGACCUCUCAUGAAAAGAGGAAAAGAAACCGAGAAGGAGAUCAAGAUGAGCAUGGGAGAAUAAUAAGACAAGAAUCAUACGCCAUUGCAAUCAAGAACCUACCUCCCACAGGCGAAGAAAUAUCCGAGAUGAAGCGCUUUUUCGAAAAACGCAUCGACUCUCGGGGUGCAAAAAUCAAUGCUAGCCGACGGAAUGGCUACAUUCGCGUUGAAUUUCCAACCAAGGAAAUGCAAAUAGCAGCGCUGAAGCUUGAUUUCUCGAAAAUUGGCAGUAGCGACACUAGUGUCGAGGAAUGGAUCGGAAACGAGGAGGCCCUUCAUCAGAAUGAUGACAAUGCUCAUCCAAAGCGCAGACGAUUGACGUACACGGUCGUGAUCAAGAAUUUGAACCUCACAGAUAGUAUUUUGUCUGAAGUGGAGUGCUACUUCGCCGGAAGAAUCGGAUCACAUCCAAAUGACCUCCAUGCCCGACAUGGUGAAUGGAAUAGCAAUGUUUUCCUUGAACUUUCAACGAGACAAGAGCAACAAGCGGCCCUUCGCCUUGACGGUUCGACCAUGGGCUCCAAAACUAUGGAAGUGCAGGAGUGGAACGAAGGCGGUCUUCCACAGAAUCGCACAAAUGAACACGUACCAGAUCCACCUGAUCCGCAGUCAACAUCCAAAGCCCUUCCACCAUUGAAACCUACUGACGAAAAGGACGACGAGUUGGUACUCCGUCAGAGAAUGCAACUUAUCCAGAAACAGUCCAUAAUGGUCCUUGCUGCCGCGAAUAGUAAAUACGAAAAACGAGUAGCGGAUCAAUCGAGCAAGAUUGAAGAAUUGGAAGCACAGCUGAACAACUACAAGCUAAAGGAGCAGCUCCAAGAGAACGAGAGACAAGGACGCCAAGGAGACCCCAAUGACAUGUUUCAAAUUCGGCUAAAGAGUCUGUGCCAUGAAAGAGAUAUCCAGCUUCGAAAUCGUGAUUCCGAGAUUAAUUCUCUCAAAGACAGACUUAAGACUGCCUUGGAAGCGAACGCUCAACAAGGGCAAUCAAUACGAGCCAAGAGUGCGAAUAUGACGGAGCGUUUGAAGAAUCUGCAACAAGAAAAGGAUGCUCGAAUAAAAGUGUUGGUAUCCAAUGUGCAGUCGUUGGAAACCAAAUUGAAAGAUUCAACAGCUCUGAAUGACGAAAAAGAACAACUGAUUAGUAUGUUGAAUCAUAGCGUUACAAUGGAACAUCAGCAAGUAGAAGAUCCGCAAAUUGGCAAGGGCGACGAUUCACGAGAAAAAGAGCUAUUAAAAAUUCAAUGCAAGCAGAAAGAAGUCAUCCUCAAGGAACUGACAAUUCAAAUCGAUCAGCUGAAACAAGAUCUUGUCGAUACCGCCGAUAUGCAAAAGAAUGGCACACAAGCAAAAUUGGAAAAAGCGAUCUCUGAAGAGAGAAAGAAGAAUGCAAAAUUGCAGGGUCAAGUGAAAAAGAAGGAUGAAGAUAUAAAAGCCAAGAAACAGAAAAUCACAAACCAAAGAAAUCAGCUUGCAGUGUUGCAGAAACUGCAAGGGGGGAAGAAUGCUCAAACGAAAGUGAUGGUAUCCAAUGUGCAGUCAUUGGAAACCAUCCAAAAGGAUUCGACGACUCUGAAUGGCGAAAACGAGCAAUUGAACAUGAUGUUGAGUCGUAGCGUUACAAUGGCAGAUAAACGAAUAAGUGAUGCGCAAAACGAAGAGGGCAAUGGGGCACAUGAAGUGGAACUACCGAAGAUUCAUUGCAAGGAGAAGGAUCACGAGCUCAAGGGAUUGAGAAAGGUUAUCGAUCGUCUGAAGCACGAUCUUGUCAGUACUAUUGCGCUAAAGGAUGAAUUACAAGCAAAAUUCGAAAAAGCGAUCGCUAUGGAAAGAAUGAGGAACGCACAGUUGCAGGGUCAGACGACACAGGAAAUAUCAGUCGCUCCGGCCAAAGUCGAAGGAAACGAAAUUGAAAAGCUGCGUAAUCAACUGAAAAAUAAGGAAGAGAAAAACCGACGUCAAAAAGUGAAUCUCACCGCUCUGCUGGCAAAAAUAAAGCAGAGAGAACAAAGUCUAGAGUGUCUGAAAGAAAGUGUGAAAAAGAUGAAGAACGAAAGGCAGAAGAAAGAUUUAUAUACCAAUUCUCAAAGGGAGUCCAUCGCGACAAAAGUGGAACCAUCUGUUCCCUCAGCGUCACGGCAACAAGAUUCAACAGUAGAACAAAUGGAAGCGAAGCUUUUCAAAGUCAUUCAAGAUCAGAACGCGCUUUUGGCAGAAAACCAAUCCCUUCGCCGAGACAAACAGGACAUGGAACGAUCGAAAGAGGAGGAGAAUGAGCAAUUGCUAGAAGAAAUUGAACAAAUGAAAUUGAAUCAUGCUAUGGAACUAGGCUUGAUGGAAGGAUCCGAUCUCUCGGAGGAAGUGGACGGUCUGAAAGAGGAACUUGAAAAGGCUCACCAUAGAAUCGAGGAGAUGGAGAGCAAGGGAAUGGUGAAUAGCCAAGCGACUACUAUAUAA